AUGUCGAAAAAUAACACUACAAUCGUUGCACCGAAAUACGAGUUAACACUACCUCCGAAGAAAGCAAAGUACGCCACACAGGGAUUAGUGUCAGUCACGCAGCAGUCGAUACCAUCGCUCUCAUCAAAGAUGUUGCCCUCAACGCAGGCGUCGGCCGUUCCGUCCACUGGAAUGAUAUAUGAUCUGCCGCUCCAUCAGACACAUCACUCAUCCCAUUCUUCGACCACUUUUAGAGUACAACCAGAACUGACUCAACCCUCAAAAGCACAGCACAAUAUGACUCCCCCGUUCACAACAAUGGCUCCAAUCCUAUUCUCUGGUCUCAUGCCAUCCGUUUCGGUUGCAAUCGAUGGCCCGCUUUCUCUCGUCAAAGAGGAGAAAAUGCGUCAAUUGAUUACAACGACUGCGAUAACCAAUCAUCCGGACUACCCG